CUUUUACGCACAAACGUUCCCUUGUUUCUUUUUCUAGAAACUGUGUGUAGAUUCGGUAGAAAAUAGCAAGUAAUAUUUGACGAAUUCAUGAGGUAAUUAAGCUUUGUUCGGACUCAUUCAUAUAUUUUCACAGUAAUAUCAAAUAAACGAAGUUGGCAGCGUUACAAGAUUCGAACAGAAACAAAAUCCUUCGUAGUUACCGAUGGGAAAUCACAUGAAAAUAGGGAAAUAAUAUCAGUGGGUAGGAACCCUGAGCAAGCAAACUAGAUCAAUUUUGAGAAACUUGUUUUCAGCCAGCUAAAGGUCUAUGGGGAAUGAAGCACACCAGAAAACCAGUCGACUACUUAGUAUCUCAAGCAAAAAUGCUACCCGCAGAUGUCAUACUACCAAUAGUGAAGUUGAAAAUAACACGGGACGGACUGAGCUACUUGGACCUCACCAAAAACUUGGAUUGCAAACCGGUAACUUUUUCCGUGGAAGCCAUCUCCUACGGCGUACAAGACCUGGUGUACACCAGGGUAUUCAGCAUGAUCGUAGUUACGGAUGACAACCUGAAUAACGGCAUCCCCUUCGUGUGUCAUAGUUUUUUGUGCGAAUCGAGGGAUCAAGCGAAAAAAAUUACAUACGCUUUAGCCGCGGCUUUCCAGGAUUACGGACGAAGAGUAAAGUCGGAAAAAGGUCCUGGAGAGAGGUACGUGAAGAAGUUUGCGAUCGAUUUAAGAACUCCGGAGGAACAGGCCGAAGCGUCGGAUGGGGAAACAGAUGCCUAAUUAUGUGUUUACUUUUCAUUUUUAAGUGAGACUUUUUUCGAACUUUGUUAACAGAAAUAACUUCAAUAAUAACCCCAAUAAUAUUUUUUACAUUCAUGAAGAAUCACAAAGGGGUGAAAGUAUAAAUAAAUAUCAGAAAAAGAUUAAUGUCAACAAUGUGAAUUUUAUGAAUAAAAUCAACUCAAUCAUCAAGAUUCACCUCGAUCAACCCUCAUAUCAACUUGAUAAUGGAAUUCGUGGAGUUAGAGAAUAUUUAUUUGGAAUAUAAUACAGUUUUGUUUAUCAAGAAAUAAAUAGUUUUGUUUAUCAAGCAAUAAAUUAUUCAUCGGA